AUGUCGUGGGACCUGCUCAAGCGAUUCCUUGAGUCCGACGUCUUCAACUCGAACCCCUUUCUCUCGGUCUCCUACCUCUCUCGAUACGCCGACCAUGUGGGCAUUCACUAUGUCCUCUGCAACAAGCUGCGCCAGUUCCCCUACGAGGAUAUCGAGUUCUUUCUCCCGCAGCUGUGCCACCUUAUAAUCAGCGUCGACAAUGAAUCCAUGGCCUUGGAGGAGUUCCUCAUGGACUUGUGUGAAGAGUCUGUGACUGCCGCGCUUCUGACUUUCUGGCUAUUUCAAACCUACCUCCAUGACCUAUCCUCCAAUCCGCAAUCCAAGUCCUUUCAGACAUGUCGGAGGGUAUACAACAAAGUGCAACAUAUUGUCUUCGGGCUGCCAGACGCUGCGAGACACGACAAGAUCAAGGAGAACAUUCUGCCUGUCACGGUUCUCGCCAGUUUCGUCCUAGCCAGCGUUGCGGUUCCUAUUGUCCCACAAUGGGCUGGCCCACUCGCCGUGGCUCAGGCCCGAAAGCCUCAGCCGUCCGACGAUCUGAUAUCCGAUUCCCGAGACAGCAACCUCAAGACAACCCAGGUGACGCGGGCCCACACCGUGACGGCCGGUAGCUCGAGGUCUAAGCGUGCAAAGGAUGCCGGACGACUCUCCAGCGCGCCAGAUCUGGUGCUGCCUAGUUCCGCGUCGGGCAAUUCGCACCAUCGAUCAACGGACCCGUCUAUAACACGGCCAGGUUCAUCCGGCUCCAAGACUCCGGUCGAGGCAAAGCGUCUGCCACCUCAUCUCAACAUGAAGAGCGACGAUGCCCGUCUCAGCUCCUCCUCACUGCCCCUUCCAGAACUACGAUCUCCCAGAUUGGCCAUCACAAGACCGACGACUCCUGUGUCAGCAGGACUCCCUCCAAGACCUGGCGACACCCUCAAUAGGAGACAUUCCCAUCACUUCAAGAGCGGCGCCACCGCCGCAGAGUUGACGCCCCUGCAGAAGACGAGACUAUUGCGACAACACUACUUCAGAUGCGAAACGCAGUUUCUGACUGCUCUCGAGGGCAUUUCAAACAGACUCGUGAUCGUGCCAAAACCUGCUCGUCUCAGUGCUCUUCGCGCAGAGCUCGCCCUCAUUGCGCAAGAUCUGCCGGCCGAAGUGGAUGUUCCUGUUAUUUGUCCUCCAACUCUGGUCGAUGGUUCCCCAGCGAAGAGCAGACAUCAUAGAAUUGUGCGCUUGAAUCCAACAGAGUCGACAGUGUUAAAUAGCGCAGAGAAGGUGCCUUAUCUUCUGAUGGUUGAAGUUUUGAGAGAUGACUUUACUUUCGAUCCGGAUACGCCUGACAACCGAAGGCUUCUAAGUACUCUCCUUUCCGAUCCAGGCCAUACUCGACGCAUAUUCGAUCUUUCGGACUCGCCACGCAUAACGACAGUGCCCAAGACACCGGAGGCAACCAUUGACAGUGUCUUUGAGCCAGUAUCUGGCGAUCUGGGAAGCUCUCCCUUGAUCCAGCCGUUCGACGAGGAUCCUUUACAGAAGCCUCAGGCGAAACAAGCCCCGCCACUCCAGCCUCAGCGCCUACCUAGCAGUACCACUACCACAAUGUCGAGUGUUGUCUCGGACAUGCCAACUCCACGGAGCUCUGGCGCUUCUACUUCGAGAUCGAGCAGCCCGCCAGGUCCGCUCCGCAAGAUGACAAUUACAACGCGCGCCAACGCCUCGGUAGACCAGCCAGACUUCUCGGCACUGGCUACGCACAUGCGAACCGCUUCGCAGAUGCUGGCGCAACUUGAGGCUACGAGCGGCAAGCGACCGAAACAUGAGGUCCAGGCUAUCAGAGCGAAGAUUAUCGCAAGCAUGCAGAGUCUGGAAGAGCAGAGUUUCGAUAUGGAUGAGCAGGGUCCAACUUUUGACACCAUCAUCGCAAAGGCCUCUACCGCGCAAGCAAACGCCGUGGUCAAUACCGAACAUCCGGAAGUCGAUGGCGAGCCUUCCGUUGAACCGGGACUCAAUGCUGGUGCCGGACUCGCGAGAAUGGAGAACGAUAUCAAGACUGGCGGUAUUCAGAGUAAGGGCGAUCGUGACGAUCCUAGUGCGGCUGUUUUUGGUGAAGCAUGGCAAGCAAAGAAGGAACGUAUUCGCAAGACAUCGCCUUAUGGCUGGAUGAAGAACUGGGACUUGGUCAGUGUCAUCGUCAAGACAGGAGCCGACUUGCGUCAGGAGGCCUUUGCCUGCCAGCUUAUCGACGUCUGCCACAAGAUCUGGGUUGACGCAAAAGUCAACGUGUGGGUCAAGCUCAUGCGCAUUCUCGUCACGGGAGAAUCGUCUGGUCUGAUCGAGACGAUCACCAACGGCGUGUCGUUGCACUCCAUCAAGCGAAGCCUGACUCUUUCAAUGGAGACAGGCCCGAACCAAAGGCGUCGGUUUGCUACGCUCAGGGACCACUUUCUGAAAGCAUUUGGACCUCCAGACAGCGAGCCUUUCAAGGCAGGAGUGGACGCCUUCAAGCGCUCUCUGGCUGCAUACAGUAUGAUAUCAUACAUCUUGCAGCUAAAGGAUAGACACAACGGCAACGUCUUGAUCGACAGCGAGGGACAUAUUGUGCACAUCGACUUUGGUUUCAUGCUGUCCAACUCGCCGGGAUCGGUUGGGUUCGAAGCGGCGCCUUUCAAACUUACACAAGAGUACAUUGAGGUGUUGGGCGGUAUUGGUUCCGACGAUUAUGAAGACUAUAAGACGCUCUGCAAGCAGGCCUUCCAGGCACUGCGACGCUCUGCGGAUAAUAUCAUCGACUUGGUAGCCAUGAUGGGGCGAGACUCGAAGAUGCCUUGCUAUUCAGCUGGAGUGGCCCAAGCAACGUACAACCUUCGUCAACGAUUCCAGCUGCAGCUGAGUGCGGACGAAGCCGAGCAGUUUGUGGAGACAGACUUGAUCGGCAAGUCUUUGGGCAGUUACUACACACGACUCUACGAUACCUUUCAGUAUAGAACGCAGGGCAUUUACUAG